AUGCUUUGCAGCCUUCAAUUCAGUUCACCCCAGCCCUGUUCCAUCCAUUCCGCCUAUCUUGUAAGCUAUACUGCGUUUCCCACCGCGCAAUCUCCGCACCCCUCUCCAGUCGCAAUGGCGGAAUCCGCAAGUCCCGCCGCAUCCCCCCCGCGGCCCGCGGAAACCGAGCAAGCCGCAGCGCCCGCCGGUCGCAAUCAGGCAGACUGGCAUACGACGGCAGUUGCUGCCUCCUUUUCCAUAGCGCUCGCUCCUCCGCAUGCGGCGGCGGCGGCGCCGGGGCCUAACUCCUCAGCGCCAAAAUCGGCGCAGAUUGCGGCGUCAGUUGCGGGGGAGAUGGAGACGCCGUUGAUGGAGGCGUCGCACCGGUUGGGCGAUAUUGUGCCUGCUGGCACGAGCGUGAUACUGGAGAGGACCAGCUCUGGCCUCUUCAUCCGCCUGCCACCCGUCCAUCCGGCCAAAGCGGCGCUCGGCUUCACGUAUUGUGUUUUAUGUGCGCUGAUACCACUGCUGAUGCCUCUGAUACUGGAUGAUGGCGAGGGGACGGGGGAGCAGACACCCUUUCCACUUAUCAUGCCUGUCGCCUCUGCUAUCUGCACACUCUUGGCAUUCGUGUGUGUGUGCUCAGCUUUUGUGGUCCGCACGAUGCGAAUCGACGGCUCACAGCUGCUGCACACGUGGCAGCUGUUUGGAUGGACUAUCAACACCGCCAUCCCCACCGCAUCUAUAGUCCGCAUCGACCUCUGCAAAAUGGAAUGGGCGAUAAGCAACAAAUACUUCUGUGAAGUAGCAGCAGCAGACGGCGAGCAGCUUGAUUUCAGCGGGCAUCUCUCCAAAGAGGAUCCGUUUGAUUCUAUCUCCUGCUUGCCUGCACGAGACUUGCAACAAGGCAGCAUCAAGCCAUCAUGGCCACCAUGA